AUGGCACAAAACCUCUUCAUCUAUCUUGCCGAGCCGCAUUGCGUCCUCUGUCGAGCUGCCUUGCCGUACUACCCCGGCAUCAAUGUCUUUAGGGUCAACGCCUUGAAUUGGGAGAAAGAUAUAGUCGGCUUAUUCGACCUGGCCCCUGAUUCGUCUCAAGGCCCCACGGUCGUUGGCAUCAAGACCACCCUGAAAGAGAAAUACCCCAUCAUCGGGUCGAAUAUCAUUGUACGGCACAAAGGCGGCGAGGUGGCCAUUGCCAUUACUCGUGACCGCCCCAGCGUCAAGCACCGGCCCUUCUUCUUUGCCCAUCAGCUCUGCUGCAAAGCCGUCGAAGCGCUGUCAGGGAGUCCUGGUCACCGUGAGAUCUACGAUGUGGCCAUGCAGACGCAGGAAAUCCUGCCUAGAGAUUGCUGGGGAGAAGAACCCCCCACGCAUCUCGCCUCGUUUUUGGGCACCAUCCAAAGCGGCAUUGUCGACACUGAGAAUACAGACUUGGGAUCUUGUCUCUCGAGAUGCUCCCAAAUGCCCCCCGAAUUGCAAUAUCGCAUAUUGGGAUUUCUCCACGGGAAUGGAAACACCAUUGUAUUCUCACUAAUGACGGCCCUCCAGACCUUCAUCACUGGCCGUCUUCUCCUUAUGCCAUCGCUCCCCUAUCAAAUUAUGCCUGGACCAUCCUUCAACGUUGAUCAUGUUGAUACGGUUCACGUUUGUGCCUCCCUCGUUCACAUGUUCGGGCGUUCCUACUUGUGGGGUCUCGAGUUCCUCCAAAACCAAGAUCAUCGACCUACACCGGGCAAGGAGUGCAUGGAGGUCAAGUUGCAUUCCAUUCGCCAGAUGGAGUUUAUUCUUGGAAUAUUUGGCAUAGCGGCCAUCAGAUUUCAUAUGGACGACGGUUCCAUCACGGCUUGGCUGGGAGAUGCUCGAAAAGGAUGGCGUUGUAAGCUAAUUGAUUUCACUAGCGAACACAUGCGGUUCCCGCGAAGCGGCCAGAAAGAUCUUGUUAGGCGCUUUGCCGAACUCAUCGUUCAGUCGGCGAAGAAGGACGCGCCACUCAAUGUCUUGUGGGAUGCUUCCUGGAGACUACUCAAGUGUGGCGUAUCCUUUAUUGCUCAUUAUUACACAGAACCACCCAGCCCGCGACCCAACGCUUUCCUUGGGCUCCCGAUGUGUAGGUAUUUGCCGCUACGUCUCGACGGCCACCACGCCAGAGCAAUCACUGUGUAUGUGUUCGACCUCGGCAUGGGCUGCCUCGUAGUUCAUGGGAACGCCGGCCCUCGCUGGGUAUCGGUCCCCCUAAGGAAAGGUGUAGCACGAACUUUCUAUUUCAGAAAUGGAGAAGAGAUAACAACACUCGGCCUGGUGACAUCCGGGGAUAGAAGUCGCCCGUGUGGCCCGUUCCUGCUGUUUAAAACCAAUCUUGAUCGGAUGGCAUACUUCGGUCCUGCUAUGGCACUCAUAGAUGCCACUUCUCGAUGGGAGUCCUUGAUACCCGAUCACUUGGAUAAGAAAUGCACCGUUUCAGGCCUCAUUGUCGACCAGAUGGCAAUAUCAUACAACUUCUUCAAAACCAUUGGAGCUCAUUGCACGCCUAAAGAGGGCGUCGCCGCAGACCAUAAACCACCGACUUCCUCGUCGGGGCUGCACUUCACUCUACCGGACCGUCCAAGGGUCAUGCGACGAUUAGGUUUUGGGAUCUUCUCGGUUGUGAACAGUGCUCACCUUUACGACAUUAAGCAGCUACGAAUUCUACUAAAGGACGCCCGAGACUAUGAUAACAACCGCAUGUAUCGCUGCUGCGGCCUGUGGAUCCUCUACGGCGACGGAUCUGUCGAGACAGUUGGGUCUUGGGACGAGUCUCUGACCCAAUACGCCAAUGUCAUCUACAACGAGGCCGAUGGCCGUUUGACCCGGGUGAUUUUCCGCUUUAAAGAGGGAAGGCAUCCGUGUGUUUACAGUGAAAUAGUCCGCUACGUGAGUGAAGUCACCACCAGAGUAGUACCACAUGGAAGCGAAGAGGAAGAUCCAGACGAGGAGCCCUCGGGGUUCACUGAGACUGGCGACUAUUUGGUCCAUUGUAAAAUUGGUUAUCUGAAAAAAGUGAGUGCGCAUUUCAACACCAUAGAUGAAGAGCAACUAUUUGCGAAAACUGUGCUGACGAACGAAAUUAACCCUGUAUAG